AUGCAGGUGACAUUCUGUAAGCUUCGGACUCACCAAUGGUGCUUCAUUUUAUUUAAUGUCAUCUUGUUUCAUGCUCUGCUCUUUGGAGCCGACUUUGUGGAAGAAUACUUUCUGCAAUCAUUACCAUAUGUAGAUGUGCGAGUUCUUGAGAUUAAGGACAAAGCCAGAAAAUUAAACGUGGAACCCUUAGAAUAUAACCUCUCAAAAUUUUUUAUCUUGAGCCAGAAGGAGGCAUGCAAAGGAGAAGAUAUCUUUUUACUCUCUCUUAUCUUUAGCAGUCCAGAAAAUGGGUCAAGGAGAGAUUUGAUAAGGAAAACCUGGGCUAAUGUGACCACUAUACGAGGAUAUCCUAUACUCACAUUAUUUGCCUUAGGAAUGCCAGAUCUAGGAACCUCUCAGCAAGACAUCAAUAUGGAGUCUAAUAAAUACAGAGAUAUUAUUGAAGGGUUCUUCCUGGACAGUUCUGGGAACCAAACAUUAAAGACCAUCAUGAUGAUGCAGUGGGCUGUAACUUUCUGCCCAAAUGCUAAGUUCAUCCUCAAGGUCAAUGAAGAGAUGUUUGUCAAUCUCCCUAGCCUGGUAGACUAUCUUCUUAACUUAAAAGACCACCUUGAAGAGAUCUACGUGGGAAGAGUCAUCCAUCAGGAUAUGCCCAACAGAGAUCCUCGAAGCCAGAAUUUUGUUCCAGUUAGUGAGUAUCCAGAAAAGUACUACCCUGAUUACUGCAGUGGAGAGGCCUUUAUAGUAUCCCAAGAUGUAGCCCGUAUGAUGUAUGUGGUUUUCAAGGAAACACCUUUGGCAAUACCUGCUGAUGUUUUUAUAGGAAUCUGUGCCAAGUAUGCUGGCCUCAUACCCAUCCACAGUUCACGGUUUUCUGGAGAGAAGCACAUUAGGUAUAAUCGAUGCUGCUACAAAUUCAUCUUCACAUCCUCUGAAAUGACUGGUGAAGAAAUGUCUCUUGAGUGGAGGGAAGUAAAUGAUGGGAAAGAAUGCACCUUGCUUGAAACCUAUUAUGGGUUGGUCUCCUGCAAACUUCUAACUUAUCUUGAUAGUUUUAAAAACUUUAAUAUAGCACCUAUAAAAAAUGAUGCAAUGUAUUUUGCUAAUUAA